AGGCAAAAGGGAACGGAGCAGCCACCACCUCUACGUUUCUCUUUCACACGUGUGAAACCACCUAUCGUUAUCUUUUGCCUUUUCUUUUCUUUACAAUAGAACCUCAAACCGGGUUGACGAAGACUGAAGCAGCACUGUGUGACUGCUUUGAGCUCUUCUUAUUACCUUUUCUUUUGCGCCAACCUCUCUCCCAUUUGCAUCGCUGACGCCUCCACUGUUGGAAGAGCUCUCACCCCUCUCCUCUAGCCGACCUACGUUCUUCCCGUUUCAGCUCACACCCGUCGUUUUUGCGGCACUGUAUUUCAUCGUCAUCUUUUCUUUGGCUGUGCAUUUUCAUCGUAGAUUUCCCUUUUGCUGCUUUCCUAGUUGACAGAAGCAGGGCUUCGACAACGAAGGAUAUAUAUAUAUAUAUUGUUAUACAUUGCUCUCUUUUCUUCUCCUACGCGUGCGCCGUUGUUGCUGGUGUUGGUUUCUAAGUCGGCUGUGCUCAUUUUAGAGUUUGGUGGCGUGAUCAGCACCUUGCGUGCUUGCGAAGGAUUGCUGCUAACACACACACACAUCCAAGCAAGUGAAGCGACUUCAAGAGAUACCUCCUCUCCCCAUCAAAACAAAAAGAAGAAGAAAGGAAAAACAAGGACGAUAGCGAUGCUCCACAACGGGGCUAGUUCGGCGCGGUCGCGCCUGGAGAACGCCUCACCGACGGCCUCUUCGGCACGCCGGCCUACCUCACGCAGCGACUCCUUCUCGGUGCGGUCAUCCUUCGCUGUCCGCUCCGUCCACGCGACGCCGACACGCGAGCAUCGCACCGCCUCUACCCUCGCCAGCGCCCGCCGCACACGCGCGAACGUCAGUACGAGCUCUGACACAGUGACCCCUUUGACGCAGACGCAGUGGAAUGCCAUGAAGGUUUACGUCCGUGUCCGCCCCUUCAGCGAGCGUGAGAUUUCUCAGAGGGUGCCAACGCAUAGCACCGUGCGCGUUGACCCGCACAACCCAGCGCAGCUCACCAUCCUCGAGCCGUCGCGUGGCUUCCGCCCACUCACCACCCACCCCUUCACCCGCUGCUUCUGGUCCGUCUUCGAGACGGGGGAGAGCGCGUUACUGGACAAGGUGGACACGUACCUCAUCGGUGGCAUGAACUCAGCCCGUCGCUCGCGGGCGCAGUCCAUCGUCGGGCAGCCGGGUGUGCCGAACUCGGUGAGGCGUCCCAGCCGUGUCGGCCCGGAAGCCGACGUUGCAGCAGCCUCUCCCCUCGGAUACGAAGGCGCCGGCUCAGCCCCGGUCAUGGUGGACGCUAACGUGAGCCACCCGCCCUACGCGGGCCAGGACGAGGUGUACAACCACGUCGGCAAACCCAUCGUCGACAACACGCUGGACGGCUAUAACGGCUGCAUCUUCGCCUACGGCCAGACAGGUAGUGGCAAGACCUUCACCAUGCUGGGCUACGCACCGAGCCGCAGCGACAUCCGCGCACGCCGCGAAUCCAUGACCACCUCCACCUCAAUUGCCCCCGACGACGCCUCUACGGCAUACAACAAUUGCGACCCCUUUGAGAGCGACGACGGCGAUGACGUGGUGGACAAGACGGGGUUGGACCCGAACGAGCUGCAGGGGAUCAUCCCCCGCUCCUGCGCCGACCUCUUUGACGGUCUGCACGUGAAGCGUGAGAAGGACUCCGACUUCACCUACCGCGUGGAGGUGUCCUACUACGAAAUCUACAACGAGAAGGUGUUCGACUUGAUUCGGCCGCAAACGGGGACGGACUUGAAGGUGCGUCACGGACCCACAGGACCGUUCAUUGAGGACCUGGCUUCCAAGAUGGUGAACAAAGAGGAGGACGUGGCGCGUGUGAUCCGCAAGGGUAUGCAAGAGCGCCACACGGCCGCAACGAAGUUUAACGACCGCAGCAGCCGCAGUCAUGCCAUUCUCAGCUUCAACAUCGUGCAGCUCUCGAUGGACGAGUCGGACAACGCAUUCCAGAUGCGCAGCAAGCUGAAUCUGGUGGAUCUCGCGGGCUCUGAGCGCACUGGAGCGGCUGGUGCGGAGGGCGACGAAUUCCAUGAUGGCGUGAAGAUCAACCAGUCGCUGACGGUGCUGGGCCGUGUGAUUGACCGCCUGGCGGAUCUCUCGAAGAAUAAGGCCGCCCGCCUCGCCGUACCUUACCGUGAGUCGAAGCUGACCUGGGUACUGAGCGACUCCAUUGGCGGCAACAGUCAGACCUCGAUGAUUGCGACCAUCUCGCCCCACGUGAUCAACUACGAGGAGAUGCGCCAGACGAUUCUUUACGCCUCCCGUGCCCAGCAGGUGGUGAACGAGGUACACCGCAACGUGGACCCGAUGAUCAUGCAGCUCCGCGAGCUACGCGCGCAGAUCGCCGACUUGCAGCUGCGUCUGAAGGAAGCCGGUGGCAGCAACUACACGAACGAGUACGUGCGGGGGCUGGAGAAGCGCGUGAAGGAGCUGGAAUGGAAGUGUGCCGACCAGGAGCGUACGAUUAGUCAGCUGCGCGCCGAACUGGAGAGCGCCGGUAUCGCCGACCCGACUCUGGUGGGCAGGGGCGAGAACGGACUCAGCGCUGCCGGCGCAGGCGACGGCGAUGGCCGGUCGGGCACGGUGAACGCAGCGACGUACCGCCGCAACAACGAGCAGCUGCAGUCGGAGUUGCAGUCCGCCAACAAGGAGAUUGUGCGCCUGCAGAAGGAGCUGUUGGAGUCGGAGAGGAAGGUGCCGGUUGGGCAGCAGGCCGAUGCAGAUGAGAAGAUAGCGCGCCUGCAGAGGGAGGUCGACGGGUGGCGCAGUACGCUGCGUGACUACGACGCGCACCUGAACUCGUACGGCACCUUCCAAUGGCGCUGGACGACCGACGUCGUCUUCAGCACCUUCGAGGACAAAAUGAACGCCUUGGUGCGCCAGUGCCAGGAGAUGAUGAUGAACAAGGAUGCCUGGGUGAUGGACACGCUGAACCGCGGCGAGAGCGAGCAGCUGCGGGCGGCGGCGACGAUUCAGCGGCAGCACAACGAGGAGGUGUCCGCCCUCGUCACGCAGUACCGGGACUCACUCGACAAGGUUAAGAAGGAGUACGCCGCCAAGGAGGAUGAGCGCCUCAAACGGCAGCGCGAGGUGUCUUCCGUGUCGGAACUGCGCAACCAGGCGGCACGUGACUCGUACGACAUGGAGAAGCGCCGCUGGGCCCAGGAGAACGAGAACAUGAAACUCGCCUACGAGGAGAAGUUUGCAAACAUGCGCGCCGAGUAUCAGGAGGACCUCAAGCGGUUGCGGGAGUCGCUGACCUCGAACACCACCGAGCGCCAGCGCAACACGACGUCGCUGCAGGAGCUGCAAGAAAGCCACGAGGCGUAUGUGAAGAGCAUCACGGACGACAUGGAGCGGGAACGUACGCGCCACGAGAAUGAGCUGGCGCGGGUGAAGAAGCAGCUGAGCACGGAGCUAGCACGGAAGGAGGAGCAGCUGACGAGCCGCGUUGCCCAGGCCCGUCGCAGCGAGGAGGAGGGCGCCAAGCUGCGCCGCGACAACCUGAAGCUGCAGACGGACACGCGUGCCAGGGAGAAGCAGCUCAACGCGGAGAUCAAGGAUCUCCUCGUGAGGCAGGAAAACAUGAUCGCCGUGGCGUGCACCAUCGUGAAUAACUACGAGAAGGCGCCGGAAAGCCUCGAUCGCGACAUCGAACUCCUGCGGGCGUUCGUCAACGACCAGGACUACGCCGCCUUCCGCGCCAAGGCGAAGGAGCUCGCCUACCGGGAUUUAAGCCAGCGCCGCAACCCGACAACAACGACGACAAGGAGGACGGACGCCACGCCGGACACCGCCGAAGUGGGAGAUGAGAAGAAGACGCAUGAUGUCGCGGAUAUUCGCAGCGCGAUUGAGAACAUGCGCAGGACGCGCGACGCCCAUCAGGCGAGUAUGCAGCGUGUGAAGCAGGACGUGUACGAGCAGCUGACGCGCAGUCGCGGCUUUCAAUCAGACGGUGCGGAACCAAAGGAAGGUGGCAGUGAUGGUAACGGCGCUGCGACAACGGGGGCACCUAACACAGCGUAG